CACCAAGAUACACUUCCAAUCGCACAACGAACCACUCUGUCAUCGCCAUCACAAGAACAGCCAGCAUGGGAGAUUCGACUGCACAGCAAACCGACACAGGACUCAAUGCGGGCAGCAUGACGGUAGCGGGCAGCACUGCCAAAAAGCCCACAGCAACGCUGGGUCGUCCACCUGGCUCAACAAACGAACCACGCAACAAGAGAAAGAAAUAUGUCUUUGGCAAAGAGUUGAAGCAGCUCAUGUAUGGAUUUGGCGACGUACCCAACCCUGCGAACGACGCUGUCGGAGUCCUCGAGGACAUGCUGAUCGAGUACCUGACAGACACCUGUACUCAAGCAGCCGCAGUUGCUGAUAAGCGCGGGAAGGUCAAUGUCGAGGAUUUCAAAUUUGUUUUGCGAAAAGAUGCAAAGAAGCGGGCCCGUGUCGACGAGCUGUUGUACAUGAACGAGGAUAUUCGACGCGCCAAAAAGAUUGCAGACAUUCCAGAACUCGACAACACGAAAGGCGGCGCCAAGGAUGCUCCGAUAUAAAUGCUUUUUUGAGGGCCCUCGAGGGCUUUCGUUAACAUUUAACAGGAGCGUAUUCGCGCGCAGCAAUUUCAAUGUAUCAUAGUCUAUCAGCAU